GUUUUGUCUCCACUGGAGUACAGAGGACGAUUUCAGCUUUCCAUAGAUGUUAACUACUUCAAGUGAAAUCUUGCAAUGUCAUCUCAAAACAUACGGUCAGGGCAUGGAUUUUCUAGCUCCACAGCAAGAAAAGCUACAUCAAAAGUAUAAAUACGGCAAAUUUUUUACAAGUUUAUCGUGUCUUCAAAUUUCUUGCUGGGAUGAUGCUGGACUCCCUGCAGCGGUCGCUCGAAUGCGAAGUGUGCUACGAGCAGUUCAACCUCGCGGCGCGGCGGCCGAAGCUGCUGUCGUGCGGCCACACUGUCUGCUUGAGGUGCGUGGUGCUGAUCUCCGACAAGGCGCGGAACGCGCGAAACGACGCCGAGACAUCCUUCCUGUGCCCCAUCGACCGGAAGGAAACGCGACGAAAACCAGAGGAGCUGAACGACAACUACUACAUCUUGUCUCUGAUGCAGGAGCCUCCGAAGCGCGAAAAGAAGAGCUCACUAUGGCAAAGUGUGGCAAAAACAAUUCUUGCCAUCUUUGCUGCCCUCUUUGCCGAAAGGGGCGUCGUUGGAGGAAACACUGCCAGGUUCUGGUGCUUGGACUGCCAGGCGGUGGCUGACCGCGUGUGCGAAGACGAACACGCCCUCCGCCGUCUGCAACAAGAGCGGGCCCAGCAGAUGAAGCCCACACUGGACGUGCUGGAGCGCGCCGUCAGCACGCAGCGCCGGCUGGCGAAGGAGCUGGACACCGUAGAAGACUUCGUCAUUGACUUCGUGCAGCAACAGGUUUCAGAGACCACGGCGGCAGCCUUGCGAGGGCAGGAGGCGCUGCAGCGCCUGUACGACGGUCUGGACCUCGUUGGACCCGAGUGGGACCUCGUGGAGGCCGAAGUGGAGAAGGCCCGCCAGGAGAGUGAAGACAGGCUGGCCGCAGACGAGCUCUCGCUGCAAGUGGCCGAGACGGGCAAGUGGGACGCCGCCGCCGGCCUCGGCGCGGACGGGCACGGCACGGCCGUGGUGCGGGGCCUGCUGCUGCACGUGCAGCGCGCCAACCUGCUGCGCCUCAACAAGGAGGACGUCACGCAGCACGACAAUGAGGAAGCCGACACCGACACCCGGUCGCCAGGACGCUGGGGUCGAGAAGUGGUCCGCGUCGGCCUGCACGUCAUUGUGGGUGUCUGGCUGUCCGUCGCAAUGUUCCUGUGCGUGUUCCACUCGUGACGUUUCCGGACUCUCAUUUGAUUUGCAAAAACGGCCAACUCGACAGAAAAAUAAUGCAGCAAUUGUACAGAAUACAUGACGUAAGUUAACUACCUAUUUCAAAUGGGGUUUUGUUGGUCUCAGCCGAGUGGGAACUCACUCAAAAUUAGGGCGUGCGAACUAUUUCGCGCCAUUUAGAACAACAUCGCCAUAGCUAUUAACUGCAAUUUGUUCGGAUACUUAAGUCAUUUCAGAGAUGCAUCCCUUAGUUUCGAAAGAAUUUGACCCCAUUAUUUCGCAUGCCUAUUGCCUCUCUGGUUCAACGAGGCAAAACCUUGUGUGCUGUGUCACUUUGUGAAGAACGGCAUGGUUUCUGGCUUUUUAGAAGCGCUCGCUGUCCUGUCUGUGUUAUGAGUACAUUGUGAAGGCACUGGGUACAAAGGUAAAGUGCAGUUUUGUGUCCUUUACGCAUCUUUUCUUCCAUUUUAUGUUUAAUUCAGGCCUGGUGUGACAUGACUGUCUCGCUGAUUCUUAUCAAUCUAUUUCAGCAUGGUUAAUAAUUGUUACACAAAUGAUAGCCAAACCCUGUUAUGUACUGUGGAUACUCUCGCGGAAAAAUAAAAUUGACGGCUCUUGCCGAAUAAAAAAAAAACAUGUCUCUCA